AUGGACGGCUGCAGCUGCCUGAGGGUGUGGGGAUACUGGCAGGACGGGGUGUACGCCGUGAGCAACCCUCCGGGAUCCGGGAAGAAGGGCGAGUCAGUCUUGGCAUACUGCGACAUGAGUACAGACGGGGGAGCGUGGACAGUCAUACAGAACCGAAAGGAUGGAUCCAGGAAUUUCUAUCGUCAGUGGUCUAGCUAUGCCAGUGGUUUCGGCCGUCUUGAGUCGGACUUCUGGUUAGGAAACGACAUGUUAUACGGACUGACUACAAGAAUCCCCUACCAACUACGAGUCGAAUUCAGUGACUGGGAUGGCGAGCAAGGCUACGCGGUGUACGACCGCUUCGUGGUCGGUAGCCCAGACGACAAGUACCGCCUUGUGCUUGGCGAGUACGUAGCUGGUAACCGGGGCAACUCCCUCUCCUACCACAACAACAGUCUCUUCAGUACUCACGAUCAGGACAACGACGCCUCUGCCGAGAUGAGCUGCGCUAAACUCCGCCAGGCGGGCUUCUGGUUCAAAGCCUGCAACCAGGCCAACCCUAACGGCCGGUACAUUCACGGCCCUGACGCCGGCGGGCUGAACGGGGGCGUCAUCACCUGGGGCACGUGGGGCGGACACGGCUUCACCUACGCGCUCAAGACGUUCCGGAUGAUGAUCCGGCCCGUCCAUUACGACAGGAUUCUCUACUACUAAAAGAGAAACUCUGUAUAUCCACAAUGAGCAGCAGUGGUAGAAUGAAGAAUAUUCUUUUUAAUUUUUCUUAGUCUUUUGUAAAUAAAAAGUCCCUUAUUUUUUAACAAGGCCAAAGUGUAUGAAGCAAACAUCAACAAAGGGAAACACAUGCUAAAAAGAAAGGGAAAAUUUCCCUCCGUACCUCACGGAGAGGAGCGUCAGGCUUUCAAGUGAUGAGCUAAUAUUUCAAAUGCCAGUGGUCUCUAUUCAAGUUACCCGAGCCAAAGAUUCUCAUUUGUAUGUCUCUGGCUAGGACUUUCUGGAGACAAUUUCAGGAUAAAUCUGAUUAAAAUGAAUUUAGUAAUACUUGUCCACCGAACUUGGUCUGAAAUGAGCAUGGUACUUCACAUGUUCCAUUGUUCCUUAGACUCGUAUAGACCUUGUGCACGUGAGUCAUUAUACGAGUCAAUGGCUUUGUGGAGUAAGCAAGGACAUCUUUUUGGGGGGAUGCAAAUUAAUCAAGUAAAAUGGCUAUACAAGCAUAAAAGCCACAGAUACAAAGAGAACAAGGUAAGGUAGAGGAAUUAAGUUUCUGAAACUGCAGUUUUACAAAGACUUCAGGGUUUGGGGCCGAAGCACUAUACCUUUAAGACUGAAAUUUUAGUUGGGAUGACCUACUCUCUGUAUAGUCGUCAAAGUUUAGACAAGCCAUGAGUGGAAAAGUACUAUUUGUAUAACUACAUCAAUUAAAUUUUUAC